AACUUUUUCAAAGUCUUGGAAAAUUUGAUAAUUCCUACCGUCAUAUGCAACCCAGACCAUUCAUAGACCAAAUAAAAGCUAUUCAGGAACUGAUACCCACCUCUUGGUUAGUAUGGCGUUUCCAACUGUCCAGUCUACUACUUGGCGAGCCGCUGAUGUUUUUCCAGAGCCGGAUGCGAGAUAUCAACAGCCUGGAGGACUUCAUCUCCCAAUUCCUGCAGCAGUAUUGGAGUAAACGUAAACAGAUGGACGCACUAUCAGAGAUUAUAUCAUGCACAUAUGAUAAUAGAGGCAGACAAUCAUAUACUGAAUUCGUAGCUAAGAUGAUGUGUAAGAAUUCGCAACUAGACGAAUCUUUGGCGGACACAUCACUAGCGAAUAUAUUAACAAAAAAGCUUCCUUACAAUGUUCGUAUGACACUAGCAGUAUCUUCGAUUUCCAGUUGUGAAGAACUGAUAGAACAUUUACAUUCUAUCCAAUCAGCUACUUCUGAGCCAAAUCAUAUAAAUAAACAAGCAAGAAAUUUUAAUCAGCAAAAUAGUAAUUUCAAACAAAACAGUAAUAAUGAAAAUCAUAUAGCAAAUGCUAGAGCAAAUGCGCAAAGAGCGAAGUAUACUGAAAAUAAUAACAGAGUUCAAUCAUUUGAUAAUAAUUAUAGAAAUAAGUUUCAAUACCGAAACAGUAAACAGCAUCACAAAGAGGCAUAUUAUGAUAACAGAGAUCACUGGAAUAGAAAUAAUAAACGGAAAAUAACCUUCACAAAACAGGACGAAAAUAAACAAAAUCAUAACCAAACAAAUACUUCUUAUACAAUAGCACAUACAACAAGGACAACACAAAAUCAACAUGCAAAUGACCCACCACCAGACACACAGGAGCCCAUACAAGACAGCCUACCACACAAAACCGCCGCCCGCCAUGCACUUGAAACGCCCUGUAAACAUCAAUCCCUCUUGAGCCUUAUAUUUCCCACUGAAGAACCAUCACCGCAGGAAGAGCAACCCGCCACCGAGGAACACCAGGUUACAGUAGAGGAAUUAUGUAAUAUGGAGCCCACAUGCGAUGAACUCGUUUUGAACGCCACACCCGCGCAUCAAAGGACCACCACCAAGCAUCCGCGCACCGAGCCUACACCCGCGCAUCAAUCGACCCCACCGAGGCACACCAAGGAUGGGAAGGAAGACACCAGUGAGUACCGGGAGGACAACAUGCAGGAUCGGAGGAACGCCCACCGCAAGGCCCGGAGACGGAAACGCCCGAGGCAGACACCGGACGACCGACUGCAUGACCGACUACAGGAGAAAAGAGGCAUGCACCGCAAGGCCAGGAGGCGGAAAGUCAAGCGGAAGAAAAAGAAGUACCGCGCGCGACGAUGGAGGCCGCAUGCCCGUUUCAAACGCCCGAGGAGGAUUCCGGACCGAGACCAGGAUGGAGGACCGGAGAUCGACGGCAUGCAUCCGCGGCACAUCCGCUUUAAAGCAGAAGAUCAGCGAUGUGACCGGCAAAAUGGACAUAAUAAAUGGAAUGAAACUGGAGCUACUGGAAGGACUAAUAGGGAUUCAUACAGGGAUAAAAACGGAACUGAAAGGAAAACUACGAUUGAAACAUGCAUGGAUGAUAAUAAUAAAGUGGACUAUUUAUGGAGGUUGAUAAAGGAUGGAAAGUGUUUAAGAAGAGUAAAAGAAAUAAGAAAUUAUAAUAAGAGAGUGAAAGUACCUGACUAUUAUAUGUUGAGAGAUUAUAUUGUUAAAGAAAUGAUAAAUGUUCUGAUAUAUUGUAUACUAUUUGUUAUGACUGUGAUAUGGAUAAAAGACUGUGUUGUGGAUAGGAUGAAAAAUAUUGUAUUAUUAUUACUAAAUGAAACUACUAUUGAUGAGUGGAAAGGUUAUGUUGUGAGAAACACGGUAAACACAUUGAUUUAUUUUGUGAGGAUUAUUAUAUUUAUGGCUGC